GAACCGGAAAUCCACCGGGGCCCAUCGGUAUGGGAUGUCCUGUUUCUUCCGAGGCAUGGUUCAGGAGCUUCUAUUUCUUCUGCGUUUCCCCAAAUCUGGGCCCCUCCUGUGGCGUCAUAUCAAACCCUGAAUCCUGCCUCUGACCUUACAGUUGAGCCCUAAAUGGACACUGUUCCGAUGACCGCAGGCCCCUCCUCCACCUUCUUCACAGGGAAAUCCCCGAUGAUGAAGAGAGGCGCGGCGGGCCGUGGGCGGCUCCUAAGGUCCGAGCGUCCACUCCUCCGGCGCCGGCCUCGGUUGGUGCUUCCCGGGGCUCGGACAUCAACCCGCCGGGCCGCGCCCGGUGCUGCAGUCCUUCGCCUUCGGGCUCAUGGUCCGCCUCGGCUGCCUUCAGUUUUCUCCUCGCCAUAUUCGACCGCACCUGGGUCUCUUGGGACCCUAAUCGCUCUCAAUUGAUCGCUGAAUGGAGUACAGGAGAAAUAAACAUUGCCUAUAACCGAGGAUCAUUCAUUCGAUCCAUGAUAUCUUACCUUUUGACAUCCCAAGUAUCAGCUUAUGGAUGGAAUUGCUCUAUAUGUUACACCAGAUACUAUCAUGAAGGGAAGUGUUGCUGGGCUCUUUGAUGUUUACUAUGGGUCUUAAGCUGCUGAAGACGGUAGCAGAAGACUGGGAGAUCAUAUCAAUAUUGAUGCUUUAAAUGCAAUCCAAAGCAGAGCCGCAAAGAGUUGGGUAUCUGAUAAACCUUAUAACAAAGAUAAUUGCUUAUCUGAGAUCAGUAAGCUUUUAGUUGAUUCCAGAAGCUUGAGAUUAAUCAACAUGAUGCCAUUUUCAUGGUGGAUUAGUUGAACAUCUUGGAACCGGAAGGGAUUUUCAUCGCUGCAUACUUUACUAUUUUUUGUUUACCCGUAUGAUACAUUGUCGCGAGUAUAUCUGCAAAAUUAAUUUCAAUUUAAUUUUUUAGCUGCGAUAUAUAUUUGCAGGAUAAAUCAGAUUGAUCCAGCAAUUGUAUUGGCGAACCAUGAGAGGCCUCCAUUUUACUGUUUUCUCGAAGCUCCAUGGUUCAACUUCACCAGAGACAGGGAUUAGAUUACCAGUUACAACAUAUGUAUCCCUCAAAAUUACAGGCAUGUAAACAUCAUCAAUAACAAUAUAAACUCAUUGAGCUAUCGGCAAUUCUCCAGGCUUCUUCGACACAUUAUAUCCAGUUCUAUUUCCAGAAAAUUUCAUCCUACAAAUGAGAUGGCAGACUGUGGCUGACAGACCUCAGAUUAUUUUAAGUUCAUGCAACUUGAUGAUGGAGCCCGGAGACAGUUUGUAAAGGCCAUCAUUUUCUACUAUUUCAGAGAUACAUGUUAUGAUUCAACUCCCCACGCAUCUCUUCCUUCUUGCAAUCGGCAUCAACCAUGGCGAACUCUUAACAGAGAUUUGGAGGAAGAAGAUGGCGAGAACUUCAGACUUAAGCUUGGAUUAGGAGGCAGCCCCGAGGGAACAAACAAAGGAAUCUCUAAUUAUAUGUGUUCAUGCUGGAAGAGCUGCUUCCGAGUCUCGAUUACUUCUACUUCAGCCCCAUCACUGCGCAUGCUUCACCCCCCUCACGCAAGCUCUGCUUUUCCAUGGCAAAAGUAGCAGCACCUUUUGCUGCACAGCUUGUUGUCCAUUGAGAGCUUUUUACCUGACAAGAAGACCUGAUAAGACUGGUUUUAUUCACUCCAUGCUCGAGUUCUCCCCAUCUCUGAGACAGCCUGCAACAGGAAAAUCAUUGUCGUCCAUGGAUGACACACUCACGCAUAGCCUUCUGAGAGUAAAGAAACAACUUAGAUCGAGUUGAACCAUCAGUUACAAGUUCUGAAAUAUCAUGGGGAAAACCCUUCUUUCUUGCUAGCCAUUGUCCUUCUACACUGCAACUUACUCCAUUGGCAUAUCAGAGUUCAGACAACUUGUAGUCGUUCAGUCAUAUGGGGAAUGCAUCCAAUGACAAGAGGAAGAAGAACAGACUGUUAUUGUUCAGUCCUAGGGAGUACUCUGAUGUGAUCCUUUUCUGCUUGCCUAUUUACACAAGACACAUGAGAGCCUGACAAUUUUACCCAAAGCCGCCUGCCUCUGCUUGGCUUCAGUCCACUGAAAGCUUUUUUGCACCUUAUGACAGCCAUUCUGCUGUUGUUUGAUCACGUGUCAGUCGUAGGGUAAUGCCAGGCAGGGACAGUGGAGAGGGCCCCAUGUGGAUGAGAAUCUAAUUAAGCUUCUCAUGUUAAUUAAGACCAUUGAUGCAUGAUGGUCUUCCAAACAAAUUAACUCACCUUUGAAAAAGAAGAUUCUUCAAAACCCAGAUAGCUCAAGCAAGUCAAAGGAGGAUUGUUGCAGUGGAGGUCUCACUCGAUGGAUCUCUCUUCCAGUGUGCUCCUCCAAAAUCUACAUCAUCAUUCCUGUCUUAUACUGAAAGAACUGGGAGGGAAAGAGUAACAGUAAAUAGCAUGGGUAUAUAUGAACAGGAAGUAGAUGUAUGAGAGAGACUCUGCGGAAAUUGCCUGGCUUGGCUCUUCUCUCGUGCCCCAUCAUCUCAAGAUGUCACUAAAUAGUUUGAUGUGCCUCUGUCGCUGUUCAAAGUGUGACCUUUUCUUCACAGUGUUGGCAUGAGAAGUCACUGUUUUCUACGGCAGGAAUGAGGUUAAAGUAUGCAUGGUUUUGGUAGUGUUAGGGCAUGCAGAACUAAGCAUGAUGGUGAUGACGAGGCCAUCGCUCGCUUUGCUACAUUUGAAUCCCGAGAUAGCCACACGGAGUACAAGGCUCCAUGGCGGCCACUCUCUCUCUCUCUACGCGUACUAAUCUGCAACUGUGACCUCGAAAGCCCAGACAAGGGCACGAGAAGCGACAAGGAAACAUGGUCGAAGAUAAGAUCCAAGAGUUAAAAUCUCUUCUUCACCAUGGACGCACACACACACACAUUGACUGUGGAUACCGUAAACAAACAUCUUGUCAACCGAGAUGUUCUUGCCUUGCCAAAUCUGCACGACUUCGCCCCCCAGUGGGGCCUCUCUGAGAAUAUCCUCACGCUUCAAAUACCCACACCGUCUCCGCCUCCGUCACACUCACCAUUCCCCUCUACCUUUACUGUCUCCUUGUUCGUCCUCCUCCUCAUCGCUCGCCUUUUCUCUUCCCCCAAAGGAUUGCGACAUGGGCGCUAAAAGUUAGGCUGCUGGGCUUGUGGAGAGGAGGCCGAAGGUCGCCCAACUCAGCUCGGAAAGCGGUGUGCGCAAGGAUGAAGGAGGUGGCUAGGAAGCACAACACGGUUUCGCCAUGCGCAGCAUGCAAGCUCCUCAGGCGGCGGUGCACGCAGGAUUGCAUCUUUGCUCCUCACUUCCCUGCCGACGAGCCCCACAAGUUCGCCAACGUGCACAAGGUGUUCGGCGCCAGCAACGUUAGCAAGCUCUUGCAGGAGAUAGCAGUGCAGCACCGAGGAGACGCAGUGAGCAGCCUGGUGUACGAGGCCAACGCCCGGGUGCGCGACCCAGUGUACGGGUGCGUCGCCGCCAUCUCCACCCUCCAUCGCCAAAUCCAGGCACUCCAGGCGCAGCUGGCGAUGGCACAAGCACAAAUGGUGCACUUGCGGAUGAGCCACGCCGCCUCCCUCGCCCACGCUGGCCUUGGCCACAGCCCCAUGGGCGCAGGGAGCACCAGCACGGGCUCUUCCUCCAUGUCCCCCACUCACAACCAGCUGAUGGAGCCUGACACCGUCAAUGCCAAGCCAGUCUUCGCCCUGGACAUGGUGGUGCUGGACCAGACUAACCUGGGAUCAGAACCACCAAUUUGGUCAUUUUAGCACCAUCAGCCAGUGCUGUUCUCGUGUCUUAUAAAGAUAGCUUUUGAUAUCUAGAUGGCAAUAUUGCAGCUCUUUUUCUUUUGGAUACAGACUCUGCAUGUGAUGCAGACAUCGUCUUAUAACAAGAAUUGAAGUGCUUGUGUGUAGAACUGUACUGUUGUUGUCAUUUACUCCUAACAUAAUGUCUA